ACACCAUCACCAUCGUUAGGGCUGAGCACGUUUCUCGCAGCUCUGAAAACUGCUUUUCGCAGUUAUCAGCACGUCCAUCCAGACAAAGAUGCUGACGAAGCAAAUGGCAGCUGUGCCCGAAGCUGCUUCCUCCCGUCUGCCUUUGGAGCUCCUGCUCUAUAUCGUGGACUGCGUAUCUGACCAGCAAAUUUACUUCACCCUCUCUCUCGUAUGCCAUGCCUUUCUCAACCAAUGUCGACAUUGGGCUUUCCGACGCCUCAGGAUCCGACGACUCAUCGCUCUUCGCAAACUCAAUGCCCUCACCCAAUCCUCCCUCUGCACAUUCUCUCGACACGUACGCUGGAUAUCGAUUAACCAGAGACAGAUAUCUGAGAUAGGCGGCCUGUCCUUUGACUGCAUGCGCUACAUGCCCAACCUUGUCACCCUGCGCGUUGAGUGCAUGACGAGCUUCCAAUGCGACAGCUUUCUCAUUGGACCAUUGGCGCAACUGUUCAGCAUGACCACAUUGACGCUUGACCGAGUCGGGUUUGGUACCUUCGGCACUUUCCUGGAUGCUCUCGAGGCGCUUCCAGAGCUGCGGAAUCUCACCCUGCUCGACGUCUUCAUACGCGACGAAAACAUCCCUUUCGCCGUGUAUGCCUCAACGAGAGGAUUGGCGAAGCUUCGCUUCUUGAGGUGCCUGUUAUGGGGAGUGAUGUACCGAUUUUUACUCGCCGUGAUGCUCGUGCUACCUCACUGCCCGCUAAUCACGCAUCUUGAUCUCUGUCUACCCUUCACUGAGGAUGGGCUGGCAGGCCUUCUCUGCGAUUUCAUUGGAGCUCUGGCGCCCACAUUGACCGCUAUGCGUGUCGAUCCCGGAUACAAGUACUUCUCGCCUACGGAGUAUGCGAAGCUGGACUUCGGUCGCUUUGCCGCUCUCCGCUCGUUCACCGUCGAGCCUGUCCUCCUUGCUGAUUGGCACUCUCCCGGUGUGACGGAGCGUAUACUCGACCUACUCCUGUUCGUCCUGCGCGCCCCCGCGCUUCGAAAGCUCGUUAUAGUAUUACGCAUCGACGGAAGAUGUUGCCAUGAGGACCUUACUACGGGGAUGGAAUGGGCAACGCUGGACAACCAUGCCAGCAGCUCGUCGUGUUUGGGGGCGCUCAAGUUCGUCAUUUGUGGAAGCUCGGCAGUCGCGGACACACGGGGAGUGGUAGAACGGAUACAGGAGUCGCUACCGAAGGCAGAGGAGAAGGGGAUACUGCAGUUCAGGGCAUCCACUAGCGUUGCCGAAUGAAUAGCCAAUUAGACAGGUACCGUAGAAAGUAAUAUACCUGCACACCUCCACCUCCAACUUCAACCGUACAAGACCUCAUAGGCAUGGAAGAUUGGCUGGCCGCGGCCGGUGCGCCCUCGGGUCCAAAUUAAAC